CACGUUGAGCUGGAAGCCAAUUUUCGAACCAUCCAUUUGAUCUGCAAUGUUGCUAUUUUGCAAAGUGAUUUCUUGUGAAACUUGCCACCUCAAAUUUUUGCAACCAAUUGCUUGAUACACUGUUGGUAUGAUGUUGAACCCUGCAUCCUCUUGAAUCAGGUAUCACCAUGGAGAAAGACACAUUUUUAUGGGAUGUGCUUGAGCUUGCCUGUGAACUUCGAAAAGAAAGACUGUUUGUCCUCUCCGAACAAAAUAAUCUGCGAAAUCUUAAUGAAAAGGUCAUAGUAUCGUCAGCUCGCCUGACCCAGCUACUUUGGGUUGCAGCACAACAGAGAUUGAACCUACAUCAGCUUAUCUUGUCACGACCGGAUAUAUCGCCUCCAGCAUGUUGCCAGCGGGCGACACAACUCGACCAAGCAGAGUUCAUUGAAGCCUACAAAGUUCUUGGCUAUCAGGAAUCUCAGCAGCUAGGUCAACUUCUGGAAGUGUUGAGAUCAUCGCCAGAGCUCUUAGGAUGGGCCCUUUUUGUAGGGGAUCAAAUUGCAGCAGAAAAGUUGACUGCUGUUGUCAAUUCGGUUAUCUGUGGUAUUUAUGGAAGUUGCUUACUGCCACAGGAUAAAUUACUGGUCCUUAGAUUAUUAAAACAUUUAACUGUGCUUCAAAUAGUUCCUAAUGAAAACCCAUCCAGACUCAUCCGCAACAGUACAUGCGCAUUUUCACGAGUUUACUCAACAUUCUUAGAAUGUCUAUUUCCAGCAAAAUUGUUCCUCACUGCAGCUCUUCGGCAGCCAAUCAUGGAACUACUGAUGGAAGAAGAGAGAUUUUUAGAUUAUGAUCUAAGUGUAAUUCCUGCACGGUUUUCCAAAGAAGAAAGACUGAGGCGAUUUGGACCUGAAACCUCUGCAGAUUUCUCAUCAAAAUUGCAGGAAUACCGCAGCCAGAUUAUUGCUACUCUUUCUGAAAUAACCAAAAGGUUUAUCACCAACAUUCGAGACAACCUGUACAUUUUUCCUCCGGACAUAUGUUGGCUGGUUCGGCAAAUGUUUGCCUUUCUAUCUUCAUCUGGAAAGUUCUCAGAAAAGUGUGUCUUUGCAAUUUGUGUGGAUGUCAUAUUUACACAUUUCAUUUGUCCAGCAAUUGUGAACCCAGAACCAUACGGUAUCACUGAUACUCCAAUCAGCUCUGUUGCUCGUUAUAAUCUCAUCCAGGUCGCACAGAUAUUGCAAGUUUUAGCAUUGAGGAACUAUGAGGAAGUAGACCCUAAAGUUGAGGACCUCUACUCUCAAUUUGAAAAGAAUUCUGUCAGCAGUAUUCUGAAUGAUAUGCUUGAAGGAGCACGAGAUAAUUUAUCUGAAGAGCCAACCAUUGAUACUAAUAAAUUACCUGGAUUCUCUCGAACGGAUGUUCUAUUUACUGAGCAGGAAUUAUUCAACUUUAUUCAGUUCCUCCAGACAAUUUCUACUCAAGAAGGGAGAGACGAAGAAUUGAGGAAAGAACUUAGCAAUCUCCUCUCCCAACUUCCAACUUUGGUGCCAACUCAGAGAGUUCGUCCACAAUCAGUGCCAGUCAAGCGAAAUGGAAUACUGAGCAAAGGCAAAUCGUUGGUCUCUAGCAAAUUAUCAGUUGUACCUGUGAAUAUCGGUGCUGGUGACUCUAAUGAAGAUACAGGAAGUGCGGAGGAAGAAGAAAAAUCCUUUGGUCCUGUUUUGCUGAUACCAUUCGAAGUCUUAAGUGAAUCAAAGAUCGGCCUACUCAGCGAGCAAAAAGUACUUCUGUUGGAGAAAGAAAGAGGCUUGAAAAGUGCUCAAAUCAGAGAUGAGGCAGCUAAAGAAGAGACCAUAGAAAAACGAACCAGAUUUUCCCUAUCCCACGAUGAAGGAUCAAUCGGAAAUACAAGUGAUAAUCUUGAAGUAGUAUCUGAGGCUGCAAGCAAUCACAGUGUUGCCUCUUCACUGGAGCUAGAGCAAGACCAGAAUGAUAAUCUUUCAGAUAUGAUUUCUGCGAAUGUCUCUGGCCGAGGAACUCCAAAUAUAUCUGGCCGUGAUACACCUUCAUCUCAAAUAAUUGAAGGUGAAGAGGCGCAUUCUGUCAGUGGAGCAGGUGGUGGAGGAGCACGUCCUCCAAGUGAUUACACUCCAACUUCUGCACCAUCAACCGUGAAGCCGAGUCGCUUCGAUUUUGAUGAUAAAUUUGGAAAAUUUGAAAUCAAAACAUUGCUUGAUGGAUCCACGGGUGCUGAUGAAACUGUAUCCAUGAUUUCAGACACGUGGAGCACAGAUGUGUUGGCCAGUGAUAGUGAAUUAGUUGAGCAAUCAUCUGAACGCAACUUUCCCCGAGUUGACUUGGAGUCGCAAAGUCUCUUGAGUGCGCAGUUAAUCGAAGCAUCUGAAACAGCCUCUGAAGCAUGGAGCACUGAUGUUGUUGCCUCUGACUCAGAGAGGAUGACAGAAGUGGACACUGACGACACAUGUAGCGUAGCCAGAUCAGAUGAUACUGCCAGAUCAGAAGUGGAAAGUCGUGGAGAUCCUGACGAAAUGCCAUCUUCAGGUGGAAGCAGUUUUCGACCAGUAGCCCCUGAACCUCUCGUGACAAGUAGUAGACUCAGUGUUCCUCAGUCGCCAACUCGCAUCGAUGUCUCCAGUAACAGGAAUACUACUCGCGUUGAUUAUCGUAGACGCACUUUAGAAUUUGUUGAUACAACUCGUCAUAAUCAUCCUUAUCAUUCCAGGCCAAGUUUUGUUGCGGCCAACCAAAAUGAAAAUGCAAAUAAAUUGAUUCAUGUAAUCGAUAAAAUGGAAAAGCUGUGCGACCCAAAACCUGUUCCACUAACAAGCGUCAGUGAGCCUGUGCAUACCUCAAGCACUAGUGUGAAUUCGACAAGCCCCGUUUUGGCAGGACCUACGUUAAUUCAAGGAGGAUCUGGAGGGCAAGCAUCUUCUCUACUGCCCACAAGUCUGUUCAAAGCUCCAAACUGCAGCAGCAACUCCUCAGCAAACCUUCCGCAGGCACAAUCAGGAGAAACACAGGCAGUUCCUGCCAGUAGUGGAAAUGUUAUUUCAUUGAAAACAAAUCACCAGGCAUAUCGAUCACAAACCUCGUCAAGCCAGGAUGUGUCGAUAGAUGACCCAGAAUCUACAGGUGUUUGCGUUAGCACAACAAGUCUGGCAUCAACCAGUAGUAGUGGCAGUAGCACUGGUAAUCGCCCCAAAAUGCAUAAUGACCUUUGUGCCUCGCGUCCGAGUCCAGUUCCGAACGGUUCUAUCUUGACAAUGGAUGAAAGAACUUCAACCAAAGAAGUCACACCCAAAGCAACUGGCGCUAUUCCACGAAGCAUCAGUUUUGAUAAAACUGCUGAGCGAGGCGAUAAGGACCUUGAUGAUGACAGCAAACACAAAAGAGGAAGCUUCUUCCAGAAAUUCCGACUUCCCUUCAAAAAUCGGCGUGGGAAAGGUUUCCGUGGAGGAAUUGAAGAGACGAGUAUCUGUAAUUUUGACGGAAAUACAACUGCAAUCAUAGAAGGUGAGAACUUAGUCAGAGUUCGCUUACGAAGAGGUGCCCCAGAGGAUAUAAAAUCAACUCAAAACGACACCUCUGAGGAUAUUCUGGCUAAAUAUCGAUCCAAGUCAAGCAAUUUGCAGGAUGCAGCAAGCGAAGGAGCAAGCAGCAAAUCUGGUGGAAGCAUAAAUCGAUUCCAGAGUAUUGAAAGAUCAGGCAGUGAAGACGAAGGAACAAAUCCAGACUCAGACCUAUCAAUCUUUGAUGACACCAAGAAAAAAUUACGAUUUGUAUUAAGCUCCGCUGAAAUUCAGUAUCUUCCUUGGAACAAUGAGCAUAAUAUUCCUGUUAUUAGAAAUGCUUGGAGUUGCAAAGAUAAUGAGUUGGUAGGCUUUCUCCAGUUGCAAUUGGCAGAAGCCCUGAAUCUUCAGGACCGAUCUCUUAUAGCGCAUUUACAUGAGACUCUUCGCCGAUUAAGACUUUUUGAUGGAGAUGGAUGCCGAAAACUUUACAGUGCUUUAAAAGAAGAUUAUGCUCUUAGAGCUCAAUAUAUUGAUUAUCUAGUUCAUAGUAGACAGUUCCUGCUGUCUUCGUUAGCUUAUUUAGAAAGACUGAUGAAUCGUGUGAGAACGGACCAAGAGCUAUGUUGCAACUACCUUUUAUCAGUUUGUGUGCGACUAUUUUUAGAGCGGCGAGAUGAUCUUCUGAGCCGCUUUGUCACAGAAUUCCAGCAGCUCACUUUGGCUGAUGAAAAGAAUGACCUGCUUAACGAUUUCCUAGAGAACAUUGCUGUCCAGAUGGAAGCUGAUCCAACAUGGCAAGUUGCCAGCGAAUCUCAAAUUUCUGCUGCUAAAAUCGUGGUUGAAAGGGCAGUUAUCAGCAGAGUUUACAGUCAUGCAAUGUAUCCUAACGGCGAUGGAGACAUUUUCAGAGACCAAGUUUUGCAUGAGCACAUCAAGAAACUAGCUAAAGUGAUCACACCAAGCCACAAAGACCUUCGAAUUCCUAAGAUAUUUCAUACCGAGUGUCCCUGGCCAAGCGCGCAGGCUGAAUUGUCUGCAAUUUCAGCUUACAAGACUCCCAAAGACAAAUUGCAAUGUGUCUUUCGAACAGCAACGACUAUAAUGAAUCUUCUAUCUCUCUCCUGUGAAUCUGGUGCUCCAGCAGCUGAUGAUACCAUUCCUGUUCUUGUUUUUGUGCUUAUUAAGACAAAUCCACCAUCUUUAUUAUCGACCGUUCAGUAUGUGAAUAGCUUCUACGGAAAUCGCUUGGAAGGUGAAGAACAAUAUUGGUGGGUACAGUUCUGCUCAGCUGUUGAGUUCAUCAAAACAAUGGAUUAUUCCGACUAAGUCUUUUAGGUAAAGCAGUUAUUUUUUAAUGAGUAAUGUUGCGUUGAUUUGUUAACAUGUAAAAUAUGUAAUUAUGCCAAUGCUGAUGAGAAAUCAAUUGUUUUAACUAUUGCAGAACUUUUUCUCAUAGUUUCAAAUGUUUAUUGUCUUAUUUAACUGGAAAUAUUGUUAUUUUGAAGUCGUGUACAAAGGAAUAAUCUCAAAAUUUAUAUUUUAAACUUUUUUUUUAAGCCGCUGUUGCACGAAAAAUUUUUGAAAGGGGAUAAAAGUGUAAACAUUAAUUAUCGUAUUGUUCUGUGAUAGCCAAAUUUUUCUCAAAUGAUGCCUAAGGCAUUUUCUCGGAAAUUGCCCCAAAAUAGGAUGUAUGAACGGUUUUGCCUAUAAUCAAGGUUUUAAUAUACUAUUAUGAUCAAGAAGUGUUCAGAAUGCUAGAUAAGUAUCUAACGCAAUAUAUUUUUGUUUGCCUUGUCUAUUUUAAAAAAAUUGUUAUGUAGGAGGCUUUGAUACAAAGCUCCCCAUAGUUCUCGAAUUUUAUUUUCCUUUAGAAAGGGAAAAAAUCUCUCCUAUCAAGUAUUUUUGCAUUUUGCAUCCUGGAAAAAUCAUGGAUAAACCAAGAAAUCUUACAUUCAAAAACAUUAAAUAGUCAAGGAUUUUGUAGAUUCAAGAAAACUUUUCACCUUGACGUGUGAAUUUUUAAAAGUGCAAAAGCUAAAAAUGAGUACUCUGUUCUACGUCCUCCCUUUCAUUUUGCCGCAAAUAUAUAUUUUCCAAUAUUUUAAAGAUUUAUGAUCGCAACCAACAGUUUCGUAAAUCAAAUGGAAAUGGCAAUUUUUCAUCUUAGGCAAUCAAAUGUAGCAAUUAAUCAUAGAUCAUACUUACAAGAGAUAAGUAAUUAGUUUUAAAAGAAUAAAAGUGCACAGAAUUAUUUGCAGAAAUGAAAGUUUUAUAAUAACGUGAAACUCUCACAGGCAAAUUUUAAAUGGGUAAUAUAUAAAGUGCUUUAUUUUUCAUGGCUUCUUUUCUAAGAGAUUUCUCUUGAUAUUGGUGAAACCAAUAUUUACAUCAAUGUAUGUACCCUUGGUUUUAUGCUCAUGUCCAUGUAUUAUAACGCCGUGCUGAAAGCAUGUCCGAAGUGGCUGUGACACCCUUGUUUGUCUCUUGUUUGUUCAAAAUUUAUGACUAUUAAAUUUUAGAUUUCCUUGCA